AUGAGUCUUUUCGCCGCAAGAAAACAUGUACUUGCGCAGGCAAGAAACUUCUCUGUUUCGGCUGCCAAAUAUGAAAAAACUUUGAACAAGUAUUCUUCUAUCGUCACCCAGGACAAGUCUCAAGGUGCAUCUCAGGCCAUGUUGUAUGCCACCGGAUUCUCUACUGAGGAUAUGGACAAGGCCCAGAUCGGAGUUGGUUCGGUCUGGUGGAGUGGUAACCCAUGUAACAUGCACUUGAUGGAUUUGAACAACCAAUGUACGGCUUCUGUGGAGAAGGCAGGCUUGAAAGGUAUGCAGUUCAACUCCAUUGGAGUUUCCGAUGGUAUCACCAACGGUACCGAGGGAAUGAAGUUCUCUUUGCAGUCUCGUGAGAUCAUUGCUGACUCUUUCGAGACGUUGAUUAUGGCCCAGAUGUACGAUGGUUCCAUCGCCAUCCCAUCUUGUGACAAGAACAUGCCCGGUGUUCUUAUGGCCAUGGGUAGACACAACAGACCUUCUCUUAUGGUCUAUGGAGGUACCAUCUUGCCAGGUUCUCCAUCUUGUGGAGCCACAGCCAACAUCCCCGACAAGAUUGAUAUAAUUUCUGCUUUCCAGUCCUACGGUCAGUUCUUGUCUGACCAAAUCACUGAGGAACAGAGAAUCGACGUGGUUCAGAACGCAUGUCCAGGUCCUGGAGCUUGUGGUGGUAUGUACACCGCCAACACUAUGGCAUCUGCAGCUGAGGCUAUGGGUAUGACCUUGCCAUACUCUUCAUCAUCUCCAGCCGUGUCUAAGGAGAAGGCCGCCGAGUGCGCUUCUGUUGGUGAGGCCAUCAAGCACUUGAUGCAGUUGGACUUGAAGCCUCGUGACAUCAUGACCAAGAAGGCAUUCGAGAACGCCAUCACCUACAUCAUUGCCACUGGAGGAUCCACCAACGCUGUGUUGCACAUGAUCGCCAUUGCCUCGUCUGUUGACAUCGAGAUCACCGUGGACGACUUCCAGAGAAUCUCCGACAGCACCCCAUUGUUGGCCGACUUCAAGCCUUCCGGUAAGUACGUGAUGGCCGACCUUCAGAAUGUGGGUGGAACGCCUGCUGUCAUGAAGAUGUUGUUGGCUGAGGGCAUGAUCGAUGGUGACCAGUACACUGUCACUGGUAAGACCAUUAAGGAGAACUUGGCCGAGUUGCCAGGUCUUCCUAAGGGCCAGGACAUCAUCAUGCCAUUGUCACAGCCUUUGAAGCCUAGCGGCCACUUGCAGAUUCUUAAGGGUUCAUUGGCUCCAGGUUCGUGUGUGGCCAAGAUUACUGGUAAGGAAGGUACUUACUUCAAGGGUAAGGCAAGAGUGUUCGAUGAGGAGCACGCCUUCAUCACUGCCUUGGAGAACGGCGAGAUCAAGAAGGGUGAGAAGACUGUCUGUGUCAUCAGAUACGAAGGUCCUAAGGGUGGCCCAGGUAUGCCAGAGAUGUUGAAGCCAUCGUCUGCAUUGAUGGGUUACGGUUUAGGUAAAGAUGUGGCUUUGUUGACCGACGGUAGAUUCUCUGGAGGUUCCCACGGUUUCUUGAUUGGUCACAUUGUGCCUGAGGCUGCCGAGGGAGGUCCAAUCGCCUUGGUUCACGAUGGAGACGAGAUUGUUAUUGAUGCUGAGAACAAUAAGAUUGAUUUGUUGGUUGAUGAGUCCAUCUUGGCAGAGAGAAGAAAGUUGUGGACUCCUCCUGCUCCAAGAUACCCAAGAGGUACUUUGAGAAAGUACUCUCUCUUGGUGAGCGAUGCCUCCAAGGGCUGUGUCACCGACUUGUAA